CCAGGCGGAGCGGCGAGAAACAACGCACGGCAGGACGUUUGCGUUUCACUGCACACUCCCCAGGCUGCUGUAUAGGGUGUGCUCAGUCCUCUCGGGCAGGAAAACACUAAAGUUUGAACGGGCAAAGAUCACAGUGGUGGCUGUAGAGGUGUGUGCUGAGGGACGCCACCAUGCGUGAAUAUAAGCUUGUUGUCUUGGGCUCGGGAGGUGUGGGGAAAUCUGCACUGACAGUGCAAUUUGUUCAGGGAAUAUUUGUGGAGAAAUAUGAUCCCACAAUAGAAGACUCAUAUAGGAAGCAAGUAGAAGUGGAUGGGCAACAAUGUAUGCUUGAAAUUCUUGACACAGCAGGCACAGAACAAUUUACAGCGAUGAGGGAUCUGUAUAUGAAGAACGGACAGGGCUUCGCUCUUGUCUACUCCAUCACAGCACAGUCAACCUUUAAUGACCUUCAAGACCUGAGAGAACAGAUCUUAAGAGUCAAAGACACAGAAGAUGUGCCGAUGAUUCUGGUGGGGAAUAAAUGUGACCUUGAGGAUGAGAGAGUUGUAGGGAAAGAGCAAGGUCAGAAUCUUGCUCGGCAGUGGAAUAACUGUGCCUUCCUAGAAUCCUCCGCCAAAUCAAAGAUCAAUGUCAACGAGAUCUUUUACGACCUGGUCAGACAGAUCAAUAGAAAAACGCCGGUGGAAAAGAAGAAAGACAAAAAGAAGUCUAAUUGCACACUGCUCUAAAAUGCACAUAAACACUCUCCCCAGCAGCAGUUCUGAGCCAGAAUGCUGAGAUGAAGACCUGUUGCCCUACUGGCCAGCAUUCCAGCCCCAUUCAGUAGUUAUUGGAAACCAAUGUAGGCAAAGGCAGAAUGUGAUUAAGACUCACUUCUCAGCUUAAGGAAAGGAAUGAAAAGAAGUUUACCUUCUUACCUUUUCAACAUUUUCUGCUUUUCCUUCCAAGAAAAAAAAAAACACCCCCUGACAUGAUACGCGAUAAAACACAAAUUAAAUUGUCUUUCUUGAGCUCUUACAGUUUUUUGCAAUUGCCAUUUUUAAAGACGGACUAUAGAAACCAGACUCUUGUGGAUUCAUUAGGGGGAUGAUUGUGACAUGCUGUUCAUUAAUACCUUUCAGAGGCAUGACCACAUUAAAAUAAUCAUAUUAAUGUUUGCAGAAGUUUAAUCAUAAUAUACUAGCCUUUUCUUUUGUUUCAUCACCAUCUUUAUGACCAAGCCUCCCGCUUCUUGCUACGUAGUUUACACUCCAGUUACAUCUGGGGUUAUACACACUUCUCCCUAUUCAGCCGGACCAGCUCAUCACCUAAGGUUUUUGCCUGAAUUACUUUGUUUUAUAGUUGAGCUCAAUAUUUUCCAUAUUUCACAUAAUUUAUGAUAAAUUCCAUUUUCUGCAUAAAGCGAUUGUGGAAAAUGGUUCUUUUAUUAAUAGAUGGGCAGAAAUAACAAAUGGGUUUCUUUGUCUCAUGCUGAAAAAUAUAUAUUGUACUAAAAACAACUCUAAUUUCUCAUGUUGUCCUGUCAUGCUCAAAGUGGUAAUUUUUCAGCUUUUAUGAACGAUUAAAUUUUAGUACAUUUUCAUUAA